AACUAAAAAAAUGCAAACCUCACACAUCAAAAAACCAAUGAGACUUUCACCAAAACACAGUGAUGUUUGUUGUUAAGUUCUCAUGAAGCAAGAUUCCAUGGCUUUGAAUAUUACCACCACUGCUUCUCUUCAUCCAAAACCUUCCUUUGUCACAAGAAAACAUAACAACCUCCUCAAAUUCUACCAUCCUUCUUCUUUAAUCAGAACAAGUGCUCAAUCAGAAAGAACUGACACUGGAGUUUCUGAGGAGGAUUCUUCUUCUGGAACUUUGUCUUCUUCUCGUGCACAAUUGGAUCUUUUAGAUCAACUUACAUCUACAAGCUCAAUACCUCUCAAUGGAUAUGAGAGUGAUGGCGGCUCGCGCAAGCUCACGAUCCGCGAGCAGCUUGCUCAACUAGUUGGGGAAAGGGAUGAUGAUUUCACCAUACUCCUAGGCAAGAAAAACUUGAAGAAAGUGAGUGCAAAGUUCUUAACCAUUUCACAAAGGAGAAAUAUCAGGAGACAAAACUACCUAAAUGAAGUGUCUCAGAGAAAUGAUUCAGUAUUCUUUGCAACCAUAGGAGCAUUUGUGCUUCUCCCACCACUUAUAAUACUAGGAAUUGCUAUAUUAACCGGUUAUGUACAGCUUUUUCCUUGACACAUAUAGAUAUAUAUAAUCUAUAAAUGAUGAUUACUCCAAAUUCUUAGUUUUUAAGUUAUUUUAUAGUGUUC